GCAGAAAAAGAUGAUGGGGAGUGCGGAAUGUCCCAGCGCGUUCUUCGCAAGGUUUCGGAGUUGCUGGUGAUGCGUUUCUUGCCGGUGGUGGGCGCCGGCGCUUUCCUGAGCUACACCAUCUAUGUUCGCCUUCGGCUGGCUGCAUUGGUUGCGGAGAUGUUUGGCCACGAUGCAGAGGAUCCCGAUGUUCAGGGCCUUCUCUUCUUCUGCGUGCUGCCGGCCGGGAAUGGGCCCGAGGAGGCUCCAAGCGCAGAUCCAGGCACGCCGGGCAGUGUGGACGAUGCUUUCGUUGGCCCUGCUGCCGGUGACUCCACGGGCGGCAAAACGCCAAGCACCGCCGUGCGAGCGGCCAAGGGCCUCGGUCAUGGCCUGGCACGGCAGGUGGUGCAGCGAUCCACCGGGUGGCGGAGCGCUGCCGAUCUCUACGAUUUGGCGGCCGCGAUCUGUUCUGAGCGUACUGCAGCUGACGGUCAGGAUGCAGAAGGACCUCUGGUGGCAACCGUCCGCAGGGCAGCCCUGCUUUUUCAGCCCUCCAGAGACUCUGGGUCUGCCCAUCCG